AUGUCUUUGAAGCAAGUUUGUGUUCUCGGUUGUGGUGCUUUGGGUACAGUGCUAGCUAACUUAGUUGCAAACAAUGUGUCAAAAUUUCCUGAGUAUAAGCCCACGGUAAAAUUGUGCAUUUACGUAAUGUGGUAUGUACGAUCCGAGGAGUUUUCCAAACAGCGGCUUGUUGACGUGAUCAAAAACAACAAAGAAAAUCCGAAAUACGCACCAGGAAUUUCUAUUUCGGAUAAGGUUAUCGUGUGUGACGACGCAUCUUCUGUGACUGCUGCAGCAGAUGUUAUUCUGUUUGCCUAUGCUACGCGACAUGUCAACGAAAUAUUGGAGGUCAUGAAGCAGCAUAUGAAAAAAAGUGUUUUGUUUGUGUCCUUUUCCAAAGGUCUAGUAGUUCCCGAACCAAAUUCUCAGGCUCAGCAAAAGGAUAUUUGCCUCGUAAGUGAAGAAAUCCAGCGCGUGACAGGGAUUGAGCCGGUGGUGGUGAGUGGCGCCAUGACAGCGAAGGGUCUCGACAAAGCUGAACUCUGUGAAGCAACCAUUGGAUCAAGAAGCAAAGAAGCCGCUGACGAAGUUAAACGUCUGCUAGAGACUGAAUACUUGUCGUUAACAUGGACCACUGACGUCAUCACGGUGGAACUUUGUGGAGCUCUGAAGAACAUUCUCUCGGUUGCAGCUGGCAUUGUCGACGGUCUAAACUUGGGAGCAAACACCAAAUCUGCCAUUAUUCGCCUCGGGUUGUAUGAGAUUGAUCAGUAUUGCCACAGCAUGUACGCCAAGUACGGUAAGGGUCUCCGAACGCAUCUCCUAAUUUGCCUGCCCUUCGCUAGCAUAUUGUGCCAAAGUGACGCGAUGCCACAACUCGGCGAUGAUUGGGAUGUCUUCAAUCUCCUGAUUGGUCGAAUGAUGUCAGAACCGCAGUACGCGGGCAUGACCCUAGAGCAAAUCCAGCAGUCUUUUAACCCGGACUACGUGGCUUCUGGACCUGACACGGCGAAGAAAAUCCACGCUCAGCUCAAUUCGUUGCACCUCUGCGAGAUGUACCCCCUGUUCACGGCAGUCCAUCUGAUCUGCAGUCGCAUUGUGCCAGCCACCAUGCUAAUCCCCAUGUUGCGUCACCACCCCGCCCACCGCUGA